UUUCCUUCCCGCCGAGCGGGACGACAGUUGCUAGGCAACAGGGUCCCUUUGCGGUUAGGGUCGCGGGAGGAAGUUGCUGCUGAGGCGUCGGCUGUUCCGAGCGCGGGUCGCUUAUGCUGACAUCCCUGAAGUGGCGGUGACCUGGACGCCUGUGUUUCAGGAUUGGCAGUGAGGACUGACUUUCAGUGACUUCGAGAUGAGCUUCCUGUUGCCCAAGCUGACUAGCAAAAGAGAAGUAGACCAGGCAAUAAAAAGCACCGCGGAGAAGGUGUUGGUUCUCAGGUUUGGGAGAGAUGAAGAUCCGGUCUGCCUGCAGCUGGAUGAUAUUCUUUCCAAGACCUCUUCCGACCUAAGUAAGAUGGCUGCUAUAUACCUGGUAGACGUGGACAGAACCCCAGUGUAUACACAGUAUUUUGACAUCAGUUAUAUUCCAUCCACAGUGUUUUUCUUCAACGGACAGCACAUGAAAGUGGAUUAUGGAUCUCCGGAUCACACUAAGUUUGUGGGAAGUUUCAAAACAAAACAGGACUUCAUAGAUCUGAUUGAGGUAAUCUACCGAGGAGCCAUGAGGGGAAAGCUGAUCGUCCAAAGCCCUAUUGACCCCAAGAAUAUUCCCAAGUAUGACCUUCUCUAUCAAGACAUUUAGCACACGCUGUCAGCGAUGAAGAGAAAGGCACAUCUUGAAACAAUGCUUUGGAACCACAGUCAGCGUCCUGGUGAAGAGGUUCGGCUUGUCCGUGAGGUGCCGGGCCCCUGCGUGGAGACCACACUGGUGCCGGGUUGGCCUGGACCAUCUAACGUCUGCCCUCAGCGAGCCUCUGAGAAGUCAAGUGACGAUGUCCACUUUCUCCAGGGUGAUGUCUUAGACGUCUCUUGACAGUGUGCUUUUCUUUACGCCUUGGGAUAGUACUGAACACUUGUAAACCUUGGCUAGUGCAAUAGCCAUGUUUAUUGGCCCACAACUAAAAUACAAGAUCAGUUCAUGUGAGAGCAAAAAUUCUUACUUUCCACCUUAGAUGCAUGCCCUUUUGUGCACGUGUGCACACAUGCAUACACACGGGCGCACACGCACAUUCACACACGUAUGAACACACACACACCCAUUCCCCCUCUCGCACACCCCUUAAGCUCUCCUUCUCCAGUCCUUUCAACCCCAGUUGUUCUUGGAAUAAAUAAUCCUGUACUGAUAGCCAGCAAGUUUGUUUUAUUUUGGACACUUCUGGCACAAACCAAAGUCCUGUCCUGGUUGGCUCUUUUUACAACUUUUAUGAUAAUUAGUCUAAGAAUGAGAAGUUGAACCCUCACUGUGUAGCGCUCCGUCUGAGCUAAGCAGAGCUGACUGCCUGUGUCUGUAGGAGCGCAGCUCUCCUGGAAGGCAGGCUCCCGGCGGUCUCGGAGGCAGGUGGUGGCGUCUCACGUGCUCAGGGCUGCAGAGGUGUGAGAACUCUUUGAAAGAAACAGCACCUCUAUGGGAUUCGCCUGCUUUGAGCACUUUGUGACAGCGUCUUGCUCUCCCUGGGUCCCCUGACACAGCCCGGGCAAGUCACUGCUCUUCCUGAAACCUCAUGGCUGUUUAGAAUGAGAGGAUGGAUGCACGGCUGGAGGGGGCCAGGCGGCUGUGACCUUGCUGACAGGCCCAUAUGACCCUUGCCAAGGCUGUCCAGCACAGAGGGACGUGAGCAGGACUCGGCUGUGGCUAACAUGGUGUGGAAGGAAGACUGCUGGCACUUGGCACAUUCUUCACGGAUAAAAGGAGAGAGCGAUUCCAGGAAACACAACUCUUUCACUGCACGCCUCUUUUCUCCUUUCCCCCACUCCAGCCAUGCAUCAGGUUGAAAAAUUGUUACAUUGAGAACAAAAAUGAGAAGAGCCUGUUCACCGGUGGUAGUGAUGUUUGGCUACUGGGUAGACUAGACCUGCCUCCCCAAGACCUCUAUGAGAAGAUAAAAUGCCUUCAUUGUCUCGGUCA